UUAAAUAAGGUAAACCAAUUGGACUAUACAGUUAAUAUGCUUAUAUGUUAUAAAUAUGUUUAACACUAGAAGUAUUAUAGAGGAACCACCAACACAUUCCUCAUUCUUUUCCUCAAAUUGUCCAGCAAGGAAUGAAAAUCCCCCAGUGCGAGUAAUGCCCUCACCUCAUCCUGGAUUAGAGAUUUACAGACUGUUAAACAGUGUGGCUUCCCUCCCUGUUCCAGUUCCUCACGAAAGCCACAAUGUCCACAAUGGCAGUCUAAUUUAAACACCAAAAAUAUUGAAGAUAUCUCAAUAUCAAUGGACUCAAGGAAACCUAAACCGCCAAACGGAUCGGCCAGUAACACAUGCCAACUGGAAUGAAAUCAUCUACAUGCAGACUACUCUCCUUGAGAACUGUCAGCUCAUCACUCCACUAGAUUCUCGCUGGAUGUUGCAGUGCAAGAAAGCCGAAGAACUCAUCUCAUGACAGACGGAGGACUGAAAAAGUGGGUGAGAAACAUCCCCAGGGGUUUAGGUUAUGACUAGACAAGAGUACUGCAGUAAUGAAUACAUCUCCAGGAAUGGCACCAUCGUCUCCUGUCUUGCUUUCACCUUCUCUUACCCGGAGACCCGCCAGUCCAGGGAGGAGGUCACCCCCACCCUUCAGAUCACCUCCUCCUUGUAUCAUGACCUCACCUAAAUUAUGGCAGAAAGCUGCGAUAUCACGGCUGGCUGAGGAGUUCUUUUGGAUCAGUGGAAGUAUUGUCGCAACACCCAAACUGAGAGUGGGUCAAAUAGUGGAGAGAUGCAUGUGUAACAUGCAGGCCGGCACUCAGAUGAUUAAACUGAGAGGAAAAUCCAAGGCUCUGGUUCGCCUUUUCUACCUAGAUGAGCAUAAGUCCUGUAUCCGCUGGAGACCCUCCAGGAAACAUGAGAAAGCUAAAAUCACAAUAGACUCUAUCCAUGAGGUCUGUGAGGGGAUGAAAACAGAGGUCUUCAGGCGAUUUGCCCACAAUAAAUUUGAUCCAAACUGCUGCUUCAGUAUUUACCACGGAGACCACGUAGAAUCUCUUGACUUGGUUUCCACGAAUGGAGAAGAGGCACGAACCUGGAUCACUGGGCUGAAGUACCUCAUGGCAGGCAUCAGCGAUGAGGACAGUCUGGCAAAAAGACAACGGACACGAGAUCAAUGGUUGAGGCAGACCUUUUCAGAAGCAGACAAGAAUGGUGAUGGGAAUCUGAGCAUUGGCGAAGUUCUACAGUUGCUCCACAAACUCAACGUGAACCUCCCAAAGCAGAAAGUCAAAGAAAUGUUUGAGGAGGCUGACACAGAUGAUAAACAGGGCUCUUUGACAUUCGAGGAAUUUUGUACCUUUUACAAGAUGAUCUCGACACGCCGAGAUCUUUACUUGCUUAUGAUCACCUACAGCAACCACAAAGAGCACAUGGACUUUAAUGACCUCAUCCGCUUCUUAGAGAACGAUCAAAAGAUGGCAAAUGUGUCCAGAGAGUAUUGCAAGAUGAUCAUUAAUCAGUUUGAGCCAUGCCCUGAAAACCAAGCAAACAUGGUGAUGGGUAUUGAUGGUUUCACCAACUACUUGCGUAGUCCUGCAGGCGACAUCUUCAACCCUGAACACUAUAAAGUGAAUCAGGACAUGACGCACCCCCUGACGCACUACUACAUUGCGUCUUCUCACAACACCUACCUGACGGGAGAUCAGCUGCUGUCUCAGUCUCGGGUUGAUAUGUAUGCUUACGUGCUUCAGGCGGGCUGUCGGUGUAUAGAAGUUGACUGUUGGGAUGGUCCUGAUGGAGAACCUAUUGUGCAUCACGGUUACACACUUACCUCAAAAAUCCUCUUUAAAGAAGUCAUUGAGACCAUCAACAAAUACGCGUUUGCCAAAUCCCAAUACCCAGUGAUUCUCUCAAUAGAGAACCACUGCACUGUGCCACAGCAGAAGAAAAUGGCUCAAUAUCUCACAGAGGUGCUACAGGAUAAACUGGACCUGUCUAAUAUAAAUGUGAAUGAGUCCAGACGUAUGCCAUCUCCAGAGGUUUUGAAAGGAAAAGUGCUUGUGAAGGGUAAGAAGCUGCCAGCAAACAUUGAUGCUGAUGCAGAAGAGGGAGAUGUCUAUGAUGAUGACAGCGCGGAAGAGGAAGAAGAGGAAGACGAGCAGAUUAAUGGACAUAGAGGAGAUGGAGCACCAGAGACUCGUGAUGAAUCAAAUAAAGGCUCAAGGAGGUUGUUGGGCAGCUUCAGGCGCAAGAAUAAAAAACGGGUCAAAAUAAGAAAGAAACCUAUCCUGAAUGACUCCGAUAUUGACCAGGAAAUUCCAAGCAGUAAUGAUAAACAGGUCAUCAACUAUGGCAAAAGGAGAAAAACCAUGAGACUCUCUCGUGCUCUGUCUGAUCUGGUCAAGUACACAAAGUCAGUGCAUGUUCAUGACAUUGAAACUCAAGCCUACAUGUGCAGCUGGGAAGUGUCCUCUCUAAACGAAAGCAUAACAAAUCAGAUUUUACACCUGAAACCUGCGCAGCUGGUUCGCUUCAAUCAACGGCAACUUUUACGAGUCUAUCCCUCCAACUACCGUGUCGACUCUAGCAACUUCAAUCCUCAGCCAUUUUGGAACGCAGGAUGUCAUUUAGUUGCUCUGAACUAUCAAACAGAAGGCCGUAUGCUGCAACUGAACAGAGGCAAAUUUGCAGCAAAUGGAAACUGUGGCUAUGUGCUGAAGCCAAAAUGCACGUGUAAAGGUGCCUUUAAUCCUGCCCUGGAGGAUCCUUUACAAGGACACAGGAAAACUCAGUUAGUACUCAAAAUAAUAAGUGGCCAGCAGCUCCCAAAGCCAAAAGACUCCAUGCUAGGAGACAGAGGAGAGAUCAUAGAUCCCUUCGUUGAGGUCGAGAUAAUUGGAUUGGCUGUUGACUGCAAUAAACACCAGACAAGGGUUGUGGAAGAUAAUGGCUUUAACCCCAUGUGGGAGGAGACACUAGUGUUUAUGCUCCAUAUGCCUCAGAUUGCCUUGGUACGGUUUAUGGUUUGGGAUCGUGAUCCGAUUGGGAGGGAUUUUAUUGGACAAAGAACAAUAGCAUUUAAAAGCAUGUUGCCAGGUUAUCGACAUGUUUAUUUGGAAGGCAUGGUGGAAGCAUCUAUUUUUGUACAUGUGGCCAUAAAUGACAUCACAGGAAAGGUCAAAUCAAGCAAUGCAGUAAAGCAGCUCUUUCGGAGAAAUCUAAUGUACACCUCUAAAGACGGCACCAGGAGAUCAUUCGGUCCAAACUUCCUGAUGAAAGGUGGAGCCGAGAAGAGCCAAGCAAAACUCAUGCGCGGCUCGCGUGAUUCCUGUGCCAAAGAGGACUUUCUAAACAGACGUUAUAGUGAUGACAUAAGCUCAAAAGACAGCAGAAGCACUUCACAGUAUGCAUCUUUGCUCAGGGGAGCUCAAAGUGAACCCCUCAGAAGGGCCCAUAAGGUCUCUUUUCAGGAGCCAGAAGGAUGUCAUGUCGUGCGUCGGCGCCUGUCCUCCAUCACAUGUUCUGGUGGAGGGGGUAUGGCUAUGAACUACACCAAUUUAGGAUUGGAUUCUAAAGAGAGUUCAGAAAUGGAUGUUUGGACUCCUUUGGUUCUACCAUGUCAUUCCAAUGUAGAUAACCAGGAGCUGACUGAUUCAAAACAAAAUGAUUUGCCUCCGGUAUUUGUACUUGACAGCAUUGCAUCUGACCGGCACAUUUUGCCGCAGCAGAUCUCGGGUCCUAAAUAUGUUUCUAAACAUUUAGAUCAGGAACAACCUGUAAAUAAUCAAGGACGUGAUGGAAAAAUGUCAGUAUCUACAAGACACUGUAAACCCUUGAAUUUCAGUCCAAUACCUGAUGGAGUACUAGAUCCCUCUAGUGGAGCAUUGAACACCAAAAACCUGCCACUCAAGAAUAAAUUCAGAGCUUUAGAUUUUGAGUUUAAGCCGCAGUGGCACCCAAGGUCCAUCCCCACAACUCCUGCGAUGAGCAGAUGCAGCAUGAAUGACUCAUGUUCUAAAGAUUCUUCGCUUACGGGACACAGAUCACAAAGCAUCCCGAGGCGUCGCCCACCCUCUCACCCAAACACAACCUUUAACAUCAAGAAAGACUUCCUCCAUCAAUUCCCUCUACCUCAAAAGCACGGCAGCUGUAGUUAUGUUACACAAAAAAACUCUUUUGCUAACAAUAACAACCUUGCUGAGAGUGAAUUAAGCAGUCCAAGCAGUUUGGACAGCCUUGACCUGAGUACUUUGCCAUCCCGUUUCCCUGACAACCAGCAGCUGACAAUGGGCACUCUGCAGAGGGAGAUGAAUGCUCUGUUUGAGCAGAAAAUGCAUGAGAUUCAUUGUCAUUCUCCAAUUUUUUUCAGAGGUAAGUUUCAGUCUUCAACAAAGUGUUAUAGCUCUGGCCAAAUUUGAAUAGAGGGAGGUGUUGUGUAAAAUGUUUAGGACUUGUUCAUAUAAAUAUUAUUUUGCAUUUCAAUACAGAAUAUAUCUGACAUGUCAUGUUAUACAUUCGCAAAGUUUAAUUUGUGGUUGGGUUUUACUUUAACUGUUUUUUUUAGAUUCAUCAACAAUGUAGAAAAGCGUAAAUUCCUGAACUUAAAGCAAAUGCUUUGAUGGUGAUGGAGAGAUUCUACAAGAAGAAGAGCAAAUAUUCAGCCUCAUUAGUACUACAUUAAUUUUGUACAGAUAUAAUCUUGUUUACAUGCCAUCUAGGCGCAUAAUUCAUAUUUUUACAUUUAAUUUUAAAUGGAGCAUAAAAUAAUACAUUAUGGGGUGGUUUCUCAGACAGGGAUUAGAUUAAGCCAGAACUAGGCCAAAAUUAAAUUAGGACAUUGAAGUCAUUUUUACAAACAGGACUUUAAGCUAUGGCACAGAUGUAUAUUCAAGUCAUAGUUCACCCAAAAAUGAAAAUUCUGUAAUCAUUUACUCACCCUCUUGUCAUUUCAAACCUGCAUGACUUUCUUUCUUCCGCAAAGAUAUUUUGAAGAAAGUUGGUUACUGAACAGCACUGGCCCCAAUUUACAGUACUUCUAUUAUAUGGACACAAAACCAAUGCAAGUGAAUGGGGGCUAGUUAACAACAUUCUUCAAAAUAUCUUCAUUUAAGUUCUGCGGAAGAAAGAAAGUCAUACAGCUUUGAAACGACAAGAGGGUGAGUAAAUGAUGACAGAAUUUUCAUAUCACUUUAAGAUAUGUCAGUGCAAGCUGUUUUCGGUUUAAACAGCUCUAACAUUUAUUUUAGUCUAGGAUUAGUUUUAAACUUGUAUGUUUUAAACCUGCUAAAUAUGUCUUUUGCAUAUGAAAAUGGCAAUUUGUAAUUUAAAGCCUUGCAAAACAUGUUUUUAAUGUAUAUCUACUGUGACUGUACUUUUCUCCAAAGCUCUUUAGGCUUAAAUGCAAUCACACUUUUGGGGUUAGAUUAAAUUUAUUAAGACAUUUAUUAACAAGGUGCCAGAACCAAAACCUUUUUGAGACAGUAUGAGGUGAUGUUUUUCCAUCUUUUUUUUUGUAAGGUUACAAUUUCUCAUUUUCAAUUUCUCAAAGCGGUGUUUCUUGCCGUUAUUAUUUUUACU